AUGGGUGUGUCUGCCUCAACGCAGCGAGCGCCACCGCUAUGCAAAUCCCCUCCAGCUUCAGCAAAAGAAGCACUCAAAACGACAUCGACGACUGUUUUUGAUUCCAAACUUGAAAAGCCCCCUCUGCCUUCCAAUGACGUAUUCAACUAUGUCUUCCAUACUGGCCGACGCCCGUAUCCUUGGCAUCGUGUCAUCUAUCGGGUUAAUGGCACUGACGAGACGUUGACACUGGCUCAAUUGGAAGAAAAGAGUCGCAGGUUUGCCGUGGCCAUCCGAGAUCAGUUCGGUAUCAAACCGAACCAUGUAAUCCAGUACCCGAUAGCUCUCUUUGGAGCAUUAGCGGCCGGCGCCACCAUCGCUCUCAUUCCAUAUCAGCGGGGAAUGUCUGCAGAGGACGUCGCCUCUCGCCUCGAGCAGGCUCGCUCCAAGCUCCUAGUCACAGAUGCCGCUCUUCUUUCCCUCUCUGAAUCAGCUUCAGUGCUGGCAGGAUGUGUACCGAUCGUGACUCUCGACGCAGCCGAUCAGCACACGACCAACCUCGAUGAUCUACUAUCAAGUUCAUCCGCGGCUGAGUCUUUCUUCGAGCUGAACUCUCAUCAUGAAGCAGAGAGCCACUACGCCUUCAUCAAUCGCACAAGUGGCUCGACUGGCGCCAUGAAGUCAGUCUUGACCUCGCACAGCCACUACAUCGCCACUCUCGAGGGAACAGUCAGGACUGUACCUCCAAACACCGAUGCCUCCACGGACGUCUGGCUCGCAAGCUCCUCCCUCGGCUUCUUCAUCAAUGCCAAGCUUUUCAUGUCGCUCAACAUUAUCCUCGGGGUCCCCGUCGUCAUCAUGCCAGAGCCGCUUGACGAGACCUCCGUGUCAGUUCUCAGGCGUCAUUCUAUCACGUUCAUCCUCGUCUUUCCGCCUCUUGUAGCCAAGCUUGCAAAAUCGGAGCUCAAUCCAGAGGAUGUAAAGACGAUCAAAUGGCUGCUCUCUGCGGGUGCAACGAUCCCCGACAAUCUCCGCCAAGCCAUGCGUGAGAAGUUCCCUGGUGUAGAGCUUACGCUCGAAUGGGGGACUAGCGAGACGAUGCUCAUUGCGAUUCAGACCAGUGAUCCAAAAUCACGACGGCAGGGAUCGAGUGGCACGCUGGUGAAUGGGAUGCAAGGCCGCGUUAUUUCCACUGAGACGGGCGUCGAUUUGGGGCCUAAUGAACGCGGUGAGAUUUUGGUGCGGAAUUCAUUGGCUAAGUUUCAUGGCUACAAGGAUAAUGAAGUGGCUAAUCGCGACUUUGAUGCUGAUGGCUGGUUUCAUACGGGUGAUUACGGGUACAUCGAUGAAGAUUGCAAUGUUUACAUUAUUGACCGACUAAAGGAGUUACUACGGGUUGGAGAAGGUUAUGGGAGCCGUAUCAGCGCAUCGGAACUGGAGAAUGCGGUGUUCGAACAUGAGGCAGUUCGGAGUGUGAUUGUGGUUGGUAUUUGGAACGACGCCACGGCAACUCAUCUACCUACAGCUUUUGUAGUUCCAGCACAGCAGUACAAGAAUAGGGCUGGAAGAGAGCUAGCAGAAGACAUUGAAAGGACUGUUGCGAGAAAGCUGACGGGAUUGAAGAGUUUGGCUGGCGGCUUGUAUUUCCUUGACCAGUUCCCAACUACUGGCUUCAAGAUAAACCGGAGAGCUUUGAAAGAGAUGAAAAGGGACGAAAGGAGAAGAAUUGUGAUCCAGGAGGAGAAGAGCUUAUUUGCGAGCGAUUGGGAUAAUAACACCAAAGCUGUAGUCGUGCAGCAGAAACGGGACAGCGUUAUUGCAGACUAGAUAAUGGAGACCAGUAAAUACACACCCCCUUUUCCGUGG